AUGUCAACCCAUUUUCAAGCUCCCAUAACCAUUAACCCUAAACCUAAUCCAACCAAAGGAGAACAAGAAGCUGAAGAAGAGGCAAGCUUGCUAGCGAGGAGGCUCUCGAAUGGAGCUUCCUUGCCCAUGGUUCUUAAAGCCGCCUUGGAACUCGGCGUGAUCGACACCAUGGUCACCGUAGGCGACAGCUUGUGGCUCUCACCUUCUGAGAUUGCACAAAGACUCCCAAUCAAACCGAGCAACCCGGAGGCUCCAGUUUUGCUAGACCGGAUGCUGCGAUUUCUUGCUAGCUAUUUGGUUUUCAAAUGCCGUUCCAUUGUAGCAGAAGAGAACGGUCAAACCGGAAAAGUCGAGAGGGUGACACAUCUCAAAGAUUUGAUACUAGAAGGAAAAGAUGCAUUUAGUUCUGCCCAUGGGAUGAAACUAUUCGAAUACAUCGAAACCAAUGAGGGAUUUGGUAAAGUGUUCAACCGGGCUAUGUUGGAAUCUUCCACCAUGGUUAUGGAGAAGGUUCUUAGGGAUUAUGAAGGAUUCACAGAUGUGAAGACUUUGGUGGAUGUUGGGGGAGGACUUGGUAGCACACUAGUCCUCAUCACUUCCAAGUAUCCUCAUCUUGUUGGUAUCAAUUUCGAUUUAGCUGUGGUGUUAGCCAAUGCUCCUUCUUAUCCCGGUAUGAACCAUGUGAUUAUUUAA